UAGCACCGAAGCACAGCCGGAAGUACUACUAACAAUCAGUUGUUGUUGUUGUUGUAGAAAAAAAAAUAAUAAACCACAUAAACAGCUUCUGUGGUCUGUUAAAAAAGAUCGUUUCACUCGCACCGAGCUUCCAGCGACCAUAAAUGUAGUAACGAUGACGAUAACAAGCCGUAUGUAGCAGGAUAAAGCGCAUAGAAUAAGAUCACACGGUGUGACUGUGGUGGUGUUGUCGGUGUGAAGCGUGUGGAUGUAGCGGUGCGACCGUGAAAAGCGCCUUCAUAUCAACGCUCAUAUCAUCCACUCUGAGAUCGUCGGGUCGUCCUGGCUGUUUGUUUUGGACACAAGAGGCAUUGGUGUGUGUUUUUUAUCGUGGAAAAGAAGUGAAAGAGAGAGAGAGAGAGAGAGAGUGAGAGAGUAAAGAAAGCGGAUCAGUGCAGGCUGCAGGCCCGAGUGAACGCUGCUACAUGAACAUGGCCAACAUCGCCGUGCAGAGAAUCAAACGGGAAUUUAAAGAAGUUCUCAAAAGCGAAGAGACGAGUAAAAACCAGAUUAAGGUGGACCUGGUGGAUGAAAACUUCACAGAGUUAAAAGGGGAGAUUGCAGGACCUCCAGACACGCCGUAUGAAGGUGGCAGGUAUCAGUUAGAAAUCAAGAUCCCAGAGACGUAUCCAUUCAAUCCACCAAAGGUGCGGUUUAUUACAAAGAUCUGGCAUCCCAAUAUAAGUUCGGUUACUGGGGCAAUAUGUUUGGACAUCCUGAAAGACCAGUGGGCUGCAGCGAUGACUCUACGUACAGUCUUGCUCUCGCUACAGGCUUUACUAGCUGCAGCCGAGCCCGACGACCCUCAGGAUGCUGUAGUAGCCAAUCAGUAUAAACAGAAUCCCGAGAUGUUCAAACAGACCGCUCGGCUGUGGUCCCACGUGUACGCCGGCGCUCCCGUCUCUAGUCCUGAAUAUACACGCAAAAUAGACAAACUCUGUGCCAUGGGCUUCGACAAGAACGCAGUAAUAGUAGCUUUGUCUUCGAAGUCGUGGGACGUGGAGACAGCGACAGAACUUUUGCUCAGCAACUGAGACGUCACUCGUCAGCUUUAGGCCACGAUUUCGCAAUCCACUUUUUUUUUUAUUUUAUUUUUUUAUAUAAAUAAAACAUGAAAGCAUGUGUUGAUCAGCUCAAAAGAAAUGUAAAAGAAUAAGACUGGCCCGGUUUCAUCCGGGUUUUAACCUCCAUGUUCGGUUCCCAGCGCUAAUGCAAGUUAUUCACCAGCUAGAGCCAAAUUAAGAGCCUGAUGACGACGGACGGAUUUUGACCCUGCCGCCGUACGAACGCGCGGUCCUAGCUGUUCGAGAGGCCUUUUUAAAAACCCGUACAACAGCUUCCUUCUGCUCUUCCUCCUCCUUUCUCACGAUUUCUACAAAGAACCAAAUGAAGGGAAGCCUGUGAGACUGGCAUGAGACACACCGCUGCCUGCUCGAGUGUGUAAAUAGGUAUGUUAACGAUGUGUGUACAUUCAGCAUAAAGAAGAAAGGAGUGCUAAUUUUUCUAACUGUACAUUGAAGAAAGGAAAGAAAAAAAAAAUCUCUACGUUCCAUGGAUUUAUUCAGAAGACUUUUCAGGAUUUAAACAGCCUUCGACGUUUUCAGAGAACUAAAAGAUUUCCUCCACGGGUCUGACGACGGGGUGAUACGGAUUAAAACAGUAAGAACA